AUGUCGAGGAGAUCUGUGAAAAACGCCGACGAAGGUUCCACUUCUUCCCGUUCGACGAACACAGGCACCAUUCGUUGUAAAGUGCACAAAGCCCCUUGUUUGAUCAAUACAUCUCGCACUAGCUUAAAUCCUGGAAGAAUGUUCUUCUCGUGUCCAUAUUGGAAGAGUUGUCAUUUUUUCCGAUGGGUUGAUGACGAGCCGGAUAGUGACUCAAGGGUUGAUGGAUUGAUUGAAGAGAAUCAUGAACUUAAAUUGAAGCUUGGUGAUAUGGAAGCUCUAGAAGGCCGUGUUCGUAAAGCAGAAGAGAAGGCCAGGAAACGGAAAGAAGAAAAGGCUGCGAUUUUAGAGGACUUGGCAAAGCUUGCCGAACUGAAAUUCUGCUAUUUGUCUCGAACUGCGAAAGAUGAGACAUACAGUUUAUGGCCUUCAAAAUAG